GCUUUUAUCUUCUUUAUCUAAAUUCAAGCUACACGUACUAGCUAUUAAUGGCACCUGCAGCGCCGAUGCAGUCACCGGCGGCCGCCCCUGUCCACCGUGCAGUGGCCACUCCCGAUGAUUCUGCGGUGGUGAAACUAAUUGAGAAAACCCAUUUCCCUAAUGGAGAAGAGAUCGACGCCAUGUCUAUCCUCCAUAUCGCCAAAGGCAUUUUGGAUGACUGCAAGAGCACUCCACCCGCUGAGGCUUCUGAAGAAGGAGAAGGCGACAGUGCCACAUUGACACCAGAGCUGCAAUUUGAAGUGUACAGGCUUUCCGUCCAGCUUUCGUACAGGAGUUUGGAAGCAGGAGAUGAUGUGCAGGAAAAGACUGUGAGUCUCUUCAACAUGCUCUCAAGCUACUCAUGGGAAGUUAAGGUGGCACUCAUCCUUGCAGCUUAUGUUUCCAGCUAUGGAGAAUAUUGGCUUAUUGCCCACACAUACAGAGAUAAAGAUCAAGUAGCCAUGGGCAUGGCAGCUCUCCUGCAAAUGUCUGACCUGCUAAAAGAGGAUAACAACAAACUACACACACUAUUCCAACCACUUCAUAAACUACUCAACCCCAUCCUAGAUUUGUGCUACUGUAUCGUCGAGGUUAAGGAAUUCUUCUUAUCUGUUUUUGCUUCUUCAAACACCACAGCUGGAUUUCCCGGGUUAAGAGCCACGGUUAUCAUCUGUUGCUAUUGGAUCAUUAGAUCUGCUCUUAUUUGCACCUCAUAUAUGCACUCCCUCAUCGUAAAGGAUCCUAGGACCACCAACAUGGAUGCAGAGCUAGACAGCUUGGCUCGCAAGAUUCAACCACUGCGAAACCGUCUCACGAAUCAACUCUUCACAUGCUACAAAAAACUAGAUGUUAUUGACAAGAUUGAUGUGGUGGGGCGAGCCUUGAAGACUAAUGAUAUUGAUAAUAUGAAAGUCCUCAAGUUGUUAGUUGAUGCCAGGGAUGACAAGCAGACAUCAGUCUUUGACCUGUUCAGUAAAAAACAGGUUAGCUUAGAAACUUUGAAGAACAAGACUGUGCUGCUGUUGAUAUCAAGCACAGAGAAUGAAGUUCUUUUUCUCCAAGAAUGGUACGAGAAAUGCGAUGAAGUCCAAAGGAGGCAACAUGCGAUCAUCUUGUUUCCGGUGGAAGGGAGUGAUCAGUCGUCCAUGAAAAGUAAAAAGUUCACAAUGCCUAAUUUGUACAUGGUAGAUGAUCCUGGAUCCAUAGAUCCAACCGUCAUUCGCUUCGUUAAAGAGAAUUAUUUCCAAGAAGGGCCAAUUCUACUUGCAGUUGGCCCUGCAGGAAGAGUUGUCCAUCCUAAUGCAUUGCCCAUGAUUUGGACAUGGGGAUCUAAGGCCUUUCCUCUUACACUCCAAAACGAAGAAUCCCUCAGGAGCAGCGAGACAUCCAUCAUGCUUGAGCUGCUGAUAAAAGACCUCGACGACAAAUUACUGAAAAUGGUUGAGGAAGGCAAAAAAUCUAUUUGCUUAUACGGAGGGGAUGACUUGGAGUGGAUUGAAAGGUUCACCGGCAAGGCAAAAGAAGUUGCUAAUUCCCUCCCUGUGACACUUGAGAUGUUCUUUCUGGGAAAAAGCACAGACAGUGUGUCCAAACUAGAGAAGAUAAUCCCAGAUAUCUAUUCAAAGAAACUGGUUUCCGAAUCUCCAAAGCUUUCCAGCGCCAAGGUGCGGUCAUUCUGGGCAAAGCUCCAGCGCAUUCUACUCUCCAGGGCGCAAUAUCUUAACAAAACAAAGCAGCAAAACACUGAUGAAGAAGAAGGAGUGCUGCAAGAGUUGGGGAAAUUGCUGGAUAAGAGUGGACUUCGAGGAUGGGCGAUGUUCAGCAAAGGGAACCACAUAGCUUUGAUUGGAGACGAGGAUGUGACCAUGAAAACCCUGAAUGAUUUUACAAAAUGGAAGUUAAGUCUAGGUUUCGAGGGAGCGUUGAAAGAUCACUUGGAAAGGCUUGAAGGUGACGACUAUUCUGAUCGCCCAUGUUGCCACCUGCACUUCUCGGAUGAAUUGAGUGAUGAGAUCCUAGAGAACAUCAAGUGUCCAGAGUGUCAUCGGAGAUUGGGGAAGUACACUGCUUUCUUAUGCCACAACCAGAGACCAGAGUGAAAUUGCAUGAAAACAUAUGUACAAGCCAAGAUUUUUUUGAGUAUAAUGGUGAAGAAAUGUAAUUGGCUACUAAACUUUAAGAAACUCUCUAUUUGUGAAAGUAAAAAUAAAAAUACAAUUUAUUGCUA